CCCAGCAUUAGUGCCCCCCUCUUUCUACUACUUUCAUCCCGCACAUUCCGAAAGCCUGUCAAGCAGCACUGUAACCUCUCCGGCGUCUCUAUCGACCUAACUUCGCAUUCCCACAGUUCCAAAGCUCAGAUAAAUCGGCAGCAUAAUCAUGAAUGUGAGACAGAGAAAAGAAAUGAGUACAUCCAAGUAUCAGCAGACUUUGCCAUCCUCGACCAACCUCAAGUACGCCGAGCUUACGAAUCUUGACCUAUCCACCUUCGACCAACCCGGAGGGAAGCAAAGACUUGUUGCUCAACUCAAGGAUUCCAUUGAAAGUGUCGGGUUCUUCCACGUCACAAACUCGGCCUCGGCGAGGAAGAAGUGAGCGAUAAAUUUGCU